AUGGCUAAGAAGAUUGCUGUAAUUGGUGCGAGAGGAGGCGUUGGACGGUUAAUUAUGAAGAAAUUGGUUGAAUCAGAUGAUUUUACUCCCUUUCCAUUUGUUAGAAAAAGGGAGCAGCUUGAAGAACUGGAGAAAGAAUGUGGUGUUAAAGGAACUUGUAAGAACAUUGAAGACUCUAGUGUGGAGGAAAUUGCUGAGCUGAUUAAGGGUUGUGAUGCGCUAGUUUUCACUGCUGGUCAGGGAGGUAAAGGACCCGUGGAACGUAUAUUUAGUGUUGAUUUGGAUGGUGCUAUAAAGGCAACCGAGGCGUGCGAGAUGGCUGGAGUCAAGCAGCUCGUCAUAGUUUCAGCAUUGGGGACUGAUAAUAGGAAGUUGUGGGAGGAAACUGGCCUAAGGUAUUAUUUCAUUGCAAAAAAGAGCGCUGAUGUGAGCUUGGAGACUUCGACUCUAGACUACACCAUUCUGCAGCCUGGAGCAUUGUUAUCGGGUGAGAAGGGUACCGGUCUGUAUACUUUACCUGAUGAAGUUGAAAGCAAGGCUGCUAUCCAUUACGCUGUUGAGAGGGAAGACGUUGCUGCUGCAAUUUUUUACUCGUUGUCGCACCCUCAAGCUGUCAAGCGCAAGAGAAUCCCACUGGUUAACGGGGACAGAUCAAUCUCGGAGCUCAUUGCAGCAUUAUAA